GAUACAACUAAUGGUGUUUUACAAAAACAGUCUGUUAAGGAUUCAAUCACAGUACCAGAAGUUGCACCUCGGAACCUGACAACCGUAACCAUGGAAACCAGCACUGGCAGCACCUCAGAUGAUAAGGAAAAGUCACAGGAGAAGAAUGCAGAAAUCAUAGUGACUCGUCGACCCACGAAACCGAGGAAAACGCGGCCAGUUGCAAUUACUCAGCGAAUGCCAUUUCAUCAAACUGAGAGUCCCAAAGCUGAAAGAGAGGAAGUUAGUACUAGACUGAGAAACAUAGAGCAGGAAAAUAUUAACAUAGAUGAGAGUCCACAGGUUAGACAGGAGGGUUCCAGAUAUAGAAAUGUUCCAGAACAAAAACCACCUGUGAAGGAAGAAUCAGAGACUGAUGUUUAUGAUUCAGGGGACACUGACGCCUCUCCAGAAAGUGCUACCACUGCACAAGCUAGUCAGAUGCACAGAAACAUACACAGAGAAGGAGAUCUAGUACACAGACCAGGUUUCAGAGGGCCAAGGGGGUAUCCAGGCCCACCUGGGUUGCCAGGUCACCUAGGUGAAAAAGGAGACAAAGGCUAUGCAGGGGUGAUGGGCCGGACGGGCCGUACAGGGUACAGAGGACCGAUCGGACCGCCCGGUAUGCCUGCUAUCGUAGUGUGGAAAACAUCAGAAGAGGAAUGGCAAGCUUUCAAGCAUAAUAAAAUCUACAAAAAACUAGUGUCAUCAUGGCCGAGAGUGAAGGGGUUACCAGGGCCUUUGGGACCACCGGGAGAUCCUGGACCACCUGGGCCUCCUGGAGUUCCAGGGAAACAGGGGAGGAAGGGAGAACGAGGGAAAAUCGGGAGAAUAGGACCUGAUGGGAUGCCAGGCCCACCUGGUAGACCAGGACAAGAAGGCACAACAGGCAAGGAUGAAGAGAUGGGCCCACCGGGGCCACCUGGGCAGGAUGGCCCAAAAGGCUAUGAGGGAGAGAAGGGCAAUAAAGGGGAGCUGGGUGAGUGGGGUGACCUUGGAGAACCAGGGCCACAAGGAACCAAGGGAAGGAAAGGAGAGAAGGGAAACAAGGGAGUGAAGGGCCAGGCCGGGGUAACAGGGUAUAUUGGGCCACCUGGACCCAGAGGGCCACGGGGAUUCAUUGGAGCAAAUGGUCCAUCUGGAGAGCCAGGCGGACUUGGCUUUACUGGCUCACCAGGACCACCAGGACAUAUGGGACCAAGAGGGAUAAAGGGAGUUCCGGGUGUCAAUGGACCACCUGGACAACUUGGUGAGAUUGGGCCAAGGGGACCACCUGGAAAACCAGGAGAGGAAGGGUCUGAUGGCAUUAUUGGUUUUCCAGGAGUUCCAGGUCCACAGGGCAAACCAGGGGGAGAUGGCCAACCGGGUCCUAAAGGAGACCCUGGAGAUGCAGGAAUUGAGGGAGUCAUUGGAAAUCCAGGACCACCAGGCAUUAAAGGCACCAAUGGAAAAGCAGGAAAAAAUGGACCCUCAGGUGAUCCAGGUCUGAAAGCCCCGCGUGGAACGAAAGGUGAUUCUGGACAAAAGGGAAAUCGAGGUACUCCGGGGCUGCCAGGUAAACAAGGAUUCGAAGGCAGAGGAGGGCAGUCUGGUGUACAGGGAGAGAUUGGCCUUAUCGGCCCUCCUGGUUUACCAGGACCCACGGGCUUUGAUGGACCUAUUGGAGACCCAGGGAGACAGGGAAAAGAUGGACUGAAGGGAGACAGAGGUCCCCCUGGUAUCCAAGGAGUUCCUGGGCCACGAGGUGACAAGGGUCGGAUUGGUCGAAGUGGAUUUGCUGGUUUUCCAGGACCUUUGGGAGAGAUGGGAAAAUCAGGAGAGCCAGGACCUGAAGGAGAGCCUGGUAUUAAGGGUAGACCAGGGGUCCCAGGAGGAACUGGAUUUAAAGGUCAAAAGGGACUAGAGGGCGUUUCAGGUAGUCAAGGACAGGACGGGAUUCAUGGUGCACCUGGAUCCAUUGGAUCACCAGGGUCAGAUGGAGAUGGAGGCCCUCAAGGACCCAGCGGUUUACAGGGAAAGCCUGGUGCACCAGGAAUCCAAGGCCCUGUUGGAAUAAAUGGGGAACCAGGCAGCCGAGGUCUCUCUGGCAAACCUGGAAAUCCUGGCAUCAGUGGUGUUAAAGGCAAAGAGGGAUCAAAAGGGCUUCCUGGUAGUCCUGGGGAAAAGGGGAAAAAAGGCCCUGAAGGACCAAAAGGAAAGCCUGGUCGAACAGGUCCUCGAGGCAUAUCAGGCCAGAAAGGUUACAAAGGACCCCCUGGCCUACAAGGAAACAUAGGCCAAUGGGGUGAGACAGGUCAGCAGGGUCCAAUUGGAGACAAAGGACCCCAAGGGCCACUCGGGCCGCCUGGAGUGGCUGGUUACCCAGGUACAGAUGGACCACCUGGACCUAUCGGCGCUCCUGGAGACAAAGGAGACAAGGGAUUGAGAGGAUCUAUUGGAUUUAACGGAGCUGCCGGUGCUGAUGGUGAGGAGGGCCCAGUGGGUGUAAUGGGACAAUUCGGACUAUCAGGAAGUAAAGGAUUAUCCGGUGAAAAGGGUACAGCAGGAUCUCUUGGUGAUCGUGGCCCAAAGGGAGUCCAUGGAGAGAAAGGAAACCAAGGACCACUGGGAGUGAAGGGACCAAUAGGAAGAGAUGGUUUAAGAGGUGCUUCAGGGCAGAAGGGAGACCCUGGAUCCCCUGGUAAAAAAGGUCAGUCAGGUGUAAGAGGUCGCUCUGGUUUAGCUGGAAAAUACGGCCCUGGGGGGAACAUGGGAGAUGCUGGAGAAAAGGGGGACAAAGGUCUAUGUGGACUCAUUGGUGAAACUGGAACACUGGGGCCUCCAGGUACAAAUGGUCCCGCUGGGUUACCAGGUUUGGCUGGAAAAGAAGGAUUUGUGGGACAAAGUGGACAACAUGGGCUAAAAGGAGAGCCUGGAUUUCAAGGGAAUUCAGGGGCCCCUGGGAAGACAGGACUAGUUGGUGUUGCAGGUCCAAAUGGCAAGAAAGGAGAAGCUGGAAUAAGAGGCAAAAUGGGGCCAGUGGGACAUCCAGGAAAAGUGGGUCCAAAUGGAUUGAAGGGCAAACCAGGAACUUCUGGACCUCCAGGAGGAAAAGGAGACAAAGGUCAACUAGGGCCAAAAGGAAUGAGCGGAUCUCCUGGAAGAAGAGGAAGUAAAGGUGUUGCAGGAAAACGAGGACCUCAAGGACCACAUGGAAAACGUGGCAAUGCUGGUCACCCUGGAAAGCCAGGACGCAGUGGAAUGGAUGGGCUGCUGGGAGUUGUCGGCACUGAGGGAGACCCAGGUGACACUGGAUUCAUAGGACCUCCAGGAAGGCCAGGUCCACAGGGCAGCACUGGUGCCCCAGGAAAAUCAGGUUUGCAAGGGAGGCAAGGGCCAAUUGGAUCAAAGGGCUCUAUUGGACUGAAAGGGAAACCAGGGCCCAUUGGACCAAUAGGACCAAAGGGGAUUCCAGGACUUGAAGGUGAAAAGGGAGAUGUUGGUCAGGAAGGACCAAAGGGCUAUUCUGGUUUUAAAGGAUUGCAAGGGCCCAUUGGACCACCAGGAGCGAAAGGAAAACAAGGUGCUCCAGGGUACAGGGGGCGACCUGGGCCAAAAGGGAUACAGGGUGAAACUGGUGCUCAUGGGCCUCCUGGCAGGAAAGGAUUGCCUGGUACACCUGGUCCAUCUGGAAAGAAGGGUAUUGAAGGGGUUCAGGGAUUACCAGGACAAAAAGGUGUGAAAGGUCAGAGAGGACCACCUGGAAAACCAGGUAUUCCUGACCAGCAGACACCAGGGCAACAUACUCCACUUCUGGUGCAGAGAAGAAGGUCACAAAAUAAAACAUCCAGAAAGUUGCCCAGAAAUUCUCGCUUUGAUGACCAUGAAGAGUGGAUUGAGGAGUGGCACUCACACAGCUGGCAUCUGGGCACCAAAGACAGCCCUGCCACCAACUGCAGAGAGCUGAGUCUUAUCCACCCUCAUAUCAGAGAUGGGCAUUACUACAUUGAUCCUAACCAGGGAUGUCCAUUUGAUGCUCUCAGUGUGUUCUGUAAUUUUACUGCUGGAGGUCUAACCUGCGUGUCUCCUGUCCAGUCCAAAAUUUCAGGAAUAUGGUCAUCAUGGGACACUAAAAAGUGGUUUAGUGAACAAUACAGAGGCUUCAAGUUUGAGUACAGAGAUCUUGAUGUUGUCCAACUGCGAUUCCUACGGUUACACAGCAGCUCUGCCAUACAAAACAUCACUCUGACAUGUCCCAAAAACCACAACCCCACUGCUAAACACAGAGAUAUGACCAAGAGGGUGGUACGUUUACUAGGAGACUCCAGUGAAGAAAUUGAUCCAUCUCUUGUCACCAUAUCAAUACGUGGUUGUGAGAUAGUGGCACAGGUGAGGGUUUUGAGUAAUUUAGAGCUCCAUAGAGGAGACAUGCAACUUCUACCCAUAAGAGCCAUAUCUAUAGAGGGCAGAGGAGACACCUGGGAAGAAGAUGUAAGCAUUGUUCUGGGACCUUUGUGCUUUUUAUAGCCUCCUUCCAGAAAUAGAUGGCACUUCACAGGGCAUUUGGGAGGCAUGCUUUGUUCACAGCAGAUAUUAUACAUGCGACCUCUGGGUAAUAAUUGUAUAGUUUGUAAUACAUUAUGAUCAAUGAUAAUAACAAACUGAAUCUGUUCUCUGGGUUUAUAGUGUUCUAAAAUAUUUAAAUAGUCUAGAUUGAAGUGCAGUAAUAGUGUGUGUGUUGUGGGUAUGUCAGUUUAUUUAGUCAUGUGUGUCAAUGUUUGGUGAGUAUUUAUGAUAAUGAUUUAUUUAUGCAGUGUUGUAGGAAUUUCAUGUUUGUAUCAGAGGAUAAAAGCACAAUGCUUUUAAAUUUUUUAAUAUUAUAAAAAAUUAAAACAGGAUUUUUAAUUUUUUUUAUUUUUAAUUUUUUUUAUUUUUUUUUUAUUUUUUUUAUAAAUAUUGUGAAAAUAUUUUGUUCUUUCUGGGACUUUUGUCAUGUAGAAUUGUCCUGUAGUGUUUUUUUUUUUUUUUUUUUUUUUUUUUUAUCUUGAUGCAAUAAACAAACCCUGGAUGAUGAAUACUGUUGUAUUUUGUUGUUUGUUUGAGUGUGUUUAAUUCUUGUUUAUUUGAAAACACUUGUUUAUUAGAAAUAUUUCAGAUGAACUGAAUGAAUCAGUUACUAGUUUGUUACUGUUGUGGA